CUUGGCAACACUGUGUAAACAUUUAUUCAGGUUAGAAUUUGGCAAUGGCUUUGGACAGUGGUGCUUCUAUUGUUUGCCCAACACUAGCAGUUCGUUCUAAUGUUGGAGUGGAAGUAUGGUCGUGCGAAAACUUGAGUUUGCAAUAUGCGUAUAAACCAAAUCUUCCAAAAGAAGACUGCAAAAAUUGUCGAUCUAUAUCGUUUAGUGCGGAUGGUAGAUAUUUUGCUUAUUCAAAUGGAACUGAAAUUAAAGUACUUAAAACCAAUGAUUGGGCGAUUGAAUGCACACUGCCACGUCCAAAAGCCUUCUACCUCAAAUUUUCACCGCUUGGAAAUUACUUAGCAACAUGGGAAUUAUAUACUGUUACCAAAGACAAACCAGAGGGUUCAUGUAAUAUGUUCAUAUAUGAACUUAGUUCUACUUUGGAGAUGUUUGCUACUGUGCUGAAAAAUCCUACCGAUUGGGAACCGUCGUGGUCGUCUGACGAGUCACUUUUUGCUAUUGUUAUAGGUGGUGAAGCACUGUUUUAUGAGAUAUCAGAAGAUAUAACGAGUUUUCUCCGCUAUUCACGGAAAAUUGGUGGUAACAGAGGAGCGGUGGUGUCAUUGUCCCCAGGAGCUUGCCCACCUUAUGUUGCGGUAUAUACACCCGGCCGUAAGGGAGGACCGUCAAUGUGCAAGCUUUAUAAAUAUCCUUCCCUUUUACCUAACCAAGCAAUUGCUUGUAAAAGUUUUUUCCAAGCUGAUCGUGUUGAUUUACUUUGGAACAAACGUGGAUCCGGGAUUCUACUAUUUACAUCUACAGAAGUUGAUAAAAGUGGGGCAUCAUAUUACGGAAAUCAAGCAUUACAUUUUAUGGCGACCAAGGGGGAUUCUUGCUCAGUACCUUUAUCAAAAGAAGGACCUGUUCAUUGCGUUAAAUGGAGCCCAAAGGCAACUGAAUUCGUUGUGGUUUACGGAUUUAUGCCAUCUAAGGCAGCACUUUACAACUUGAAAUGUGAUGUUAUUUUCGAUUUCGGAGAGGGUCCACGAAAUUGUGCUUAUUUUAAUUCAUUCGGAAAUCUUCUAGCUUUAGCAGGUUUUGGUAAUUUGCCUGGAAACGUUGAAAUAUGGGAUACUAAGAAAAGAGAAAUCGUUACAAAUAUAAAAUGUCCUGAUACAACAUACUUUGAAUGGAACCCUAAUGGAAUGUACUUUGCUACAGCAACAACAGCUCCAAGACUACGGAUAGGCAACGGGUUUAAGGUUUAUCACUAUUCAGGAUCAUUAGUGCAUGAAACUAUAUGGCCACAAGGACAAGAGCUUUUGGGAAUUGAAUGGCAAAAAUAUCCCGAAAAUCAAUUUGCGGAACCGGUGAUAACUAAAAUAAAACCCGAAGGAAUUAAAUCGAGUUUACCAGUAGCAAGUAAAAAAGCAUACACUCCUCCUCAUCUUCGAAUGAUCAAAGAGGGAAAAAACCCAGAGCAAUUUAUGCCGCGUUCACAAGUUAAAGUUAAUUCAACACAAGCAGGUUUCCCAGUUGGCAGAAAAGGCGGUUUGAAAGGAAACAGGAUAAAAAAUAAGAAAGACACGGUUGUUGGAAAUAAUGCGACACCUGCAACUAGUGCCGAAAAAGAUUUAAAAAACGAAUCGAAUUUAAAUGAUGAGCAUUUGAAUAAUCAAGGUCGGAAAUUCAAAGCAAAGCAACCAUUAAACAAGGAAACAGAUGCAAAUAGUCAAGAAGGUCAAAUACAAUCAUCAAAAAAACUAAACCCAGAAAAAGAGAAGAAAAUUCGGCACGUUGCAAAAAAAUUGUCCGACAUUAAAAAACUGAAGUUGCGCCAACAGCAAGGUAAAACGCUAGAGUUGAACCAACUAAAUAAAAUUUCAAUGGAGGCUAAGUUCUUGGAGGAAUUAAAGAUCUUAAAGCUGACUGCAUAGAUAACAUCUGAAACCGACCACAUUACAUUUUUUAACUGCCACACAAUAUCCAUGCCGUUCAAAUUAUCUCAAAAUUUUUUAGGAUUACAAAUAUGUAAAUGGAAAAUUGGGAUUUUAUCUUUAUUUUGUAUUUACUUUUUGUUUGAUAGUGUACAAAACAUAUUGUAUUUAUUCCAAAACAAUAGAAACAUCUAUAUUCUGUGUAAACAGUUGACAAUAAAUUUAUGUUCGGUAUGCGGCUUUAUUCUUUAAAAUAUGCGUUUGUACGUGCAAUUGCAUCAUGAAAUUCAUACGAAACUAUUCGUUGGGCAUAUGGCAGGUUAUGGCCGACUUCGGCAAUGUACUACUGCAAAGCAUCGAUUAAUUACAGUAUUUGUACCACAUCCGUAAGCAACGUUAAACCACAUUGGAAACCGAUGCAUGGUAUAAUAUAACUUGACGUUUUGUAACACUUUUGCAAUAUUUUAUUUAAUAGUUUUGUCGAAUUUUUAAAUGUAAUCAUAGAUUAAAUUAAAGCCAAAAUUUCUACGUUGCUGAAGCCUAUCGUUGUUUAAAAUGUAAAAUAACCAUCAAAAACAAUAUUUUACUAUCAGAUAUAACCAAAUUAUAACCUAAACAAAAAUUUAUUUCAAUAUGAGCCGUUUCUAUUUAUAUUCCUUUUAGGCGACGAUAUAUAAAUGGAAAAAAUAUGUUUAAAAAAAAAUACAUUAAUUCAGUUUUUAACUUGGCCAAUCCUUGAGUUUCAAUAAAAUACAAAAGGAAACUGAAGCAACAAAUAAUAAUAAUUGACAAAAAUGAAAUAGUAAAUCGCCUGAAUUACUUGUUAAUGGUAUGCACAAAGAAACUUCUUAAUUUUUAUGAAAUAAUAAAAGCUCAAUUCUAUAAAGCAAA